AUGGCCAUUACAGCCAAUGUGGUACUUCUCUACCUUCCAAUAAAUGAGGAAGAGCAGGGCAAAGGGAAGAUGGGGCAUUGCAAAGCCAAUACUCACUUUGAUUGUGGUGGCGGUGGCGGUGGUGGUGGGUCCUCCACUGCUAGUUUGGACGAGUUCGGAUCCGAGGAUGACCUUUUCUCAACCUACAUUGAUGUUGAUAAACUCAGUGGCGCGGAUCAGAGUGGCGUUGAAGGAAACGGUAAUGGAAAUGGAGAGAAGAGUGGUGGUGGUGGUGGUGGCGGUAGCAAAGGUGGGCACAGGCAUAGCAGUUCUUUUGAUGGGUCCUCCACUACAAUGUCAUCUAUAGGUGUUUUUGACGAGAUUAUGGAUGCCAAGAAAGCCAUGCCUUUAUGA